AGUUCAGGUUAGUUACAUUUUCUACAAUCUACGCGUAUUGGCAAAUUAUUUUUCGCUUCAUAUGAUACUUUAAAAGGAAUUGAUAUAUCUAAUUAAUCUAAAAGAUCUUGAAAUAGUCUUCUUUUCGUUUUUGGCCAUUUGUGGUUUAGUUCUUAGUAUGUGUUGUCUGUUAUCCACACAUAACCAGCCAACUGGUGGCCGAAACUGAUACUUGGCCUUCAUAGUUUGAAAUUCUCAGUUAUCAAGAUUUGCUUUAGGCGUGUUUAGUUUGUCUUAGUAUUCAAACGUAUGCAUCGCAAGUGUUAACAAAGUUCCUAAUCUAUGAACUUGGCUCGAAAAUUGUAGAACACUGGUUUGUUAACCAAAUUUAAGAAUAAUUGCCAGUAAAACAGAAGUGGUCAAUUCAAUACUCUCCUCUCACUUAGUUAUCACUGGACUGGAUAACUAGGUUCUAGUAUUUUCAGUAUUUCUGUUUUGCUAGGCUACAAUUUCCCCAAUAAAAUCUUCCUGACAGGUGGUCCUUGUUAUUUUGUUUUAUUAUCAUCUUCAAAUGCUUUACUCACCAGAGAAAAGCUGCUUCUUGAUUUUAUCUAUACUGUAUCAUAUACACAUACUUCUCUGCUCCUAGGCCCUUCCAUUAUUAGAUGGUAUAUUUGUGUACAUAUAUUCUGCAUGCCCUUUGUUGAUACCGCUUGUUUUUUAAUCUUUCUUGGUGUUUUCGCUUUGUUUGCUCAGUUAGUUAUUUUGUUCGGUUAGGCCUGUUCUGAGUUUUGAGUUUAGGAUAAAGGUUGGAUCUUGUUUUAAGGUUCUCAACCUUUUUCGUGUUGUUUUCGAUGUCUCCAACAAAUUUUCCUCUGAGGUGGGAAACUACAGGACAUCAGUGGUGGUAUGCAUCUCCCAUUGAUUGGGCAGCUGCAAAUGGGCAUUAUGAAUUGGUUAGGGAGCUUCUGUAUGAUGACCCUAACCUCCUCUUUAAACUCACCUCUCUUCGGAGAAUUCACCGUCUUGAAACCAUGUGGGAUGAUGAACUGGAGUUUGAUGAUGUUGCCAAAAAUAGGUCCCGGGUUGCUCAGAAACUGCUUCUGGAAUGUGAAAACCGGAGAAGUACUUUGAUUGGAUCUGGAUAUGGAGGUUGGCUUCUCUACACUGCUGCCUCAGCUGGGGAUCUCGAUUUUGUUAAAAAAAUGUUGGAGAAGGACCCGCUGAUCGUAUUCGGGGAAGGAGAGUAUGGCGUCACUGAUAUUUUUUAUGCUGCAGCCAGGAGUAAGAGUUCUGAGGUUUUCAGGUUACUGAUUGAGUUCUCUGGCUUUUGGGGACCUCUCAAGGAUGAUGGAGGAAAAAAAGAGAGGAAAAAGACGGAGGUUUCUUCUGUUUUCAAGUCUGAGAUGACAAACAGGGUAGUUCAUGCUGCAGCAAGAGGAGGGAAUUUGGAGAUUUUAAAGGAAUUUCUCAAGGACUGUUCGGAUAUUCUGGUUUAUAGAGAUUCUCAGGAUUCAACAUUGUUGCAUACAGCCUCCGGUAGGGGGCAAAUCGAGAUAGUCAAGUACUUGAUUUCAUCGUAUGACAUCAUCAGCUCGAAAGAUAAACAUGGAAACACAGCUCUGCAUGUGGCUGCUUACAGGGGUUACUUGGCUGUGAUAGAGGUUUUAAUUUCUACGUUUCCAUCAUCAGCCUCUGCAACAAACAAUUAUGGAGACACUUUGCUUCAUAUGGCUGUAGCUAGUUUUCGUACUCCAGGCUUCAGGAGACAGGACAGACAAAUAGAUUUCAUGAAGCAGUUGGUGCAUGGAAACAUAGUGAAUAUGCAAAAAUUUAUUAAUGUCCAGAAUAAUGAAGGAAAAACAGCACUUCACAUGGCUAUAACCGAGAACAUCCACACAGAUCUGGUGGAACUUCUGAUGAAAAUCCCGGAGAUCAGUUUCAAUGUCCGUGAUGCUGGUGGAAGGACUCCGUUAGAUCUCAUCAGGCAACAACAGCAAUUACCAUCUUCUGAAACUUUGAGAAAGUACCUGUAUUCAGGAAGGAUCUCAAAAUUUGAAGAUUAUAUGAUAAGAAGAAUGCUGGUCUCUCACAUCAAAAUGCAUAGUAUUAGAGGCAGCCCGGGGAGUUCUUUCAGAGUUGUUGAUGCAGAAAUAAUGCAUCUCAGAGAUGCUGAGAAUGCGGGUGCCACCAAGUGUGGUCAUAUCGAAGAUGCUUCAGAUGUUCUGAUCACUCGCCAUGACUCCAUCAAAAAUCCAAAGUUAUUGGACAGCAAGAGGUUUGGUUCAGUAAAUCAAGCUGCAAAACGGCUUAAGGUACUUCUCCAAUGGCCAAUGAGAAAGAAUAAAAACGUCGAUGACAGUAUAAGCUUGGAUGAGGACACUGAUUCUUUACAAUCAUACGACGCUAACAAAGCAUUUAAAUACAAUUCCCAGAUCUCUCUCCGACAAAGGUUCUCAAAACAAUCAUCCCUUCCAAACAAUAAGAGAGUUAUGGUUCCUUGGCUGGGAGAUUUUCCUAAUGCAUCCACCAAAACUAAGUUCAACCAAGGCCUCGGACAGGGUGUGCUUAAGAUGACACCGCAGUUUGAUGCUGAAUCGCCUUCAAGUCCUUCUUCAGAAUCAUCCGAGUCCUCUCAUAAUUCAACUUUCGCGCAGAAGGGAGGUGACAUUGUACAUGAAACUAUCGGACCUUCUUCCUCAAGUGUCUCAGUUUUGUAGACAAAAUUCACAAAUGAAUCCCAACCAUGUUCAGUUUUCCUAUAUCCAUAUCCUUCUUCACUGCAAAAUGAUAAUUUAUGAAUCAUUCAAUCUUACACAUUAA